AUGCGGGUGGCGUUCACGUCGCAGUCGAAGUCGCAGUCCCAGCCACAUUCAAUGUUAACAUUGCCCGUCGUCGCACCGACAACCUCACGAUCCUCGUCCAAUAAUCACAUACUUCUCCACAACAACAAUACCAUCACCAGCCAUCUAUCAGCUGCCAAAUCCAUUAAGCUUUGCCGAGAAAGGGAAGCUUCGACGUCGGGACAUUCCAGUACAAGCAGUUCACACUCGGAAAUGUCCGAGUCAGAAGAAGGUGAAUGUUGCAGUGAUGAUCACAGCACAAACAGGCCUGGCGAUCAGCUGGAAUCAAUUGUAUUUUCAACACUUUUUGGCUAUCAGGCAAUUCCCGUCCGAAUUAAAAUCUUACUAAGUCGAGCGCUAGCCGAAUUGGAUGACGAAGAUGCGAAUGCUAUAAUUGAGCGAGCUGGAUGGACAAGGCAAGAUUUUCAACGAGGAUUCAUCGACGAGGUUUGUGAUACCAUGAACCACCUUUGGUUCUUCUGA